AAGACAGUGACGGGCGGUUCUUUUUCCCUCCUCCAUCAGAAUCCCUCAUGAAGAUGGCCGCUUAACCACUCCGCACCAUGGGUUAACUAGGCGCCUUAAUCUGGCCAGGCCGGCAGCAAACGAAGUCAGAGACGGCAGCCAGCAGAGCGGCGAUGGCAGCGAGCAUGGUGGGAGCGGCGGAGGGGAAGCUGGCGCUGGGAGACAUGAGGGUGCUCAAGCCAUUGGGCCACCUGCUGGUCGGGCUGGUGCUGUACUGGGUGGCCGAGGAGAUGACGGUGCCUGUGCUGGUCGACGUCACCACCGCCGCCCUCUGCCCUGGCGACGGUAGCACCUCCUGCCCGGAGGCCAUCUACCUCACCGGCCUCCACCAAACGGUUGGAGGCAUUUUCAGGGCGGUGGGAUUCACUCUGAUGGGGCAGCUGGCCGACGAGUAUGGCAGGAAGCCUCUCCUCAUCCUCGCCGCCGGCACCUCCAUCAUCCCUUACAGUGUGCUUGCUCUGAGCAGCACCAAGGUCGCCGUGUAUGUCUACCUUGUCACACGCACUCUCUCAUUCAUGAUCGGCCAAGGAACCAUAACCUGCCUCGCAUUGGCGUACACGGCGGAUUUGGUAGAACCGUCCAAGAGGGCCUUCGCGUUUGGCUGCAUGACCGGGAUCCUGUCGGCUUCGCACUCCCUGGGGAACGUCUUCUCCAGGUUUCUGCCCGAGCAGUGGAUUUUUCAGGUCUCGGUUCUUCUGCUGGUCUGUUCCGUGGUCUACAUGAAGAUUUGUCUGGUUGAGACGCUUCAGAAAGCUCCCUCUGCUUCGUGUCAGCGUUUGUCCUUGUCGUCUUUGGUUCUCGGUUUGCCGCAGCAGCGUUGGGAGUCUAUCAAGGACAACAUUAGCAUGAUCAAAAUCAACAACACACUUAAGCGAAUCACAUACAUUUCCUUCUUCUACGAGUUAGGCAUGAUUGGCAUCAGCGAUGUUCUACUGUAUUACCUGAAGCUGGUAUUUGGAUUUGACAAGAAUCAGUUCUCCGAAAUUCUAAUGGUGGUUGGAAUUGGUUCAAUCUUUUCUCAGAUACUGAUACUCCCAGGUGCUAUCCAUGCAAUUGGCGAGAAGGGAGUCCUGUGCAUUUCAAUAUUUGCAUCUGUUGCUUAUGCUAUGCUGUACGGCUUGGCCUGGAGUUGGUGGGUUUUUUUUUGGAAAAGGGGGACUCCCCGGCCUCUGCAUCAGGAGUGAUGCAUACAGCCAUCUUAUUAAUGAAGCAACAAAAAGUGCGUACAAAGUUCCAUAAUCUCUAACUGAAAACAAUAAAAAGCAGCCCACACAGAGCGCAGAAGGCUAGAAACACUAACUAGCCAAUAAAGGAGCCACAACCGGCUGGCUAUAUAGAUAGGGAAACUAAUUGCCUAUCCUAUUACAUGACCGCCAUCCAAACCGGUUGAAGAUAUCCCGAGCAACCAUCUCCCACCGGGUAGACCCAGUAACCAAAUGCUCCCUAGCCUCCAUCGGAGUGAGUAAUGACCAUGAACGGAUCAGCGCCGUAGCUCGGAAGAUAACCUGCAAAAAAUGAAUUCGUGAUGAUCUGUUAAAACCCAAAUCAUUUCUGCACAGCCAGAUGGUCCAUAUUAAAGCGCAGACUCCAACCCGAAUAUGUCUUGCUAUUGUAGAGUCAAACCCAUAUAGCCAAUUCCCAAAUAAAGCAUUAACAAUAUUCGGUGAGUUAUAUUAAAAGCAAUGUGGACUGUCUGCCAAAGAACCUUGGCCAGCGGGCAAUCAAAAAAGAGAUGUUUAAUUGUCUCAUCUCGAUCACAGAAACUACACCUAGUAGGUCCUGUCCAAUUACGCUUUAUUAAGUUGUCCUUUGUUAGAAUAACUUGUUUAUGAACAAACCACAUAAACACUUUUAUUUUCAAAGGUACUUUGACAUCCCAGACACUCUUGGAAGUUGGAAUGGAGCUUGUAUUAAUAACAUCAGUAUACAUUGACCUGACUGUAAAUACCCCAGACGUAGUCAACUUCCAGCGUAAUUUAUCCGGUUGGUCAGAAAGUUGAACCUCCAUUAGUCUCCUAACUAACUGGAGCCAAACCUCCCAACGAUUGCCCGCUAAUGACCGUCUAAACUGAAUAUUAAGGGGGAUAGAUUGAAAUACCGUUGCCACGAGCACCUCACGUCGUUGAGCAAUACGAUAUAAAGACGGAUAGUGAAUGGCCAGGGGUGAGUCGCCCAGCCAAGCGUCCUCCCAGAAACGUGUAGUGGCCCCAUUGCCAAUGACAACUUUUGUCCUAUUGAACAUUAAUUGCUUGACUUUCAUGAGCCCUUUCCAGAAAGGCGAAUCCAUCGGCCUAACUGUUACUUGGGACAAAGUCCUAGUCUGGAGAUACUUGCUGCGAAUGAUUUGCGCCCACAUAGCUUCCGAACCGCUAGCGAGCUUCCACAACCACUUACUAAGAAGGCAUCUGUUCUUAACCUCAAGAUUCUCAAUGCCAAGCCCGCCUUGGUCUUUGGGUCGACAGAUGAUAUCCCACUUAGCAAGCCAGUAUUUUCUUUUAAGCUCAUCACCCUGCCAAAAGAAGCGUGAUCGAUAGAAGUCCAGUCUUUUCCUCACUCCCACUGGAACCUCAAAGAACGAUAAGAGGAACAUAGGCAUACUCGUGAGUACCGAGUUUAUCAAAACUAACCGGCCUCCAUAUGACAUGAGCUUACCCUUCCAGCAGCUCAGUUUCUUUUCAAAUCGAUCCUCGAUACACUUCCACUCUCUGUUUGUUAGCCUACGAUGAUGAAUCGGAAUGCCAAGGUAGGAAAAGGGCAGACUUCCCAACUCGCACCCAAACAGUUGCCUAUAAGAGUCCUGUUCGUCUUUAGCCCUACCAAAGCAGAACAAUUCGCUCUUAUGAAAAUUAAUCUUUAACCCCGAUAAUUGUUCAAAGAGGCAUAACAACAACUUCAUAUUUCUCGCCUUGGCCAAAUCAUGCUCCAUGAAGAUGAUUGUAUCAUUAGCGUAUUGAAGAAUGGAUACACCUCCAUCCACCAGAUGAGGUACUAAACCACCCACUUGACCAUGGUCUUUAGCCCUUCCGAUCAAUAUUGCUAACAUAUCCACCACGAUGUUAAACAAAAUGGGGGACAUUGGGUCGCCUUGCCUGAGGCCCUUAUGAGUCUGGAAGUAAUGACCGAUGUUGUCAUUGACUUUAAUACCCACACUCCCUUUUUGCGUAAAAGAUUCAACCUGAUGGCGCCAAGCCUCAUCAAAACCUUUCAUACGCAAUGCCUGUUGAAGGAACGGCCACUUGACCUUAUCAUACGCCUUCUCAAAAUCCACCUUAAAAAUUACCCCAUCUAAUUUUUUAGAGUGAAUUUCAUGGAGCGUUUCAUGAAGGACAACUACUCCUUCGAGGAUGUUUCUGUCCGGCAUGAAAGCAGUUUGGGAUUGCUGUACCACAGAAAGUGCAAUCUGUGAGAGCCUGUUUGUCUCGACCUUGGUGAAGAUUUUGAAACUAACAUUGAGAAGGCAAAUUGGCCUGAAUUGCUCAAUUCGCACAGCCUCCGUUUUCUUAGGAAGCAAUGUGAUAGUUCCAAAAUUCAACUGAAAUAAUUGAAGCUGUCCGGAGAAAAGAUCAUGAAACAUAGGUAACAGAUCCCCCUUAAUAAUCUGCCAACACCUUUUAUAAAACUCCGCCGGAAACCCAUCCGGACCGGGAGCCUUGUUGUUUUCCAUUUGUGCAAUCGCAUCAAACACUUCCUUCUCCGUAAAUGGGGCUAGCAAGAUAUCAUUUUCGACAGCCGACAGUUGAGGAACAUCCUCAGUCCGAGACUCAUCCAAAGUUACACAAUUAACCUCUGGUGGUCCAAAUAACUGCCUAUAAUACUCGGUGAUGUAAGUUUUUAGAUUAUCCUGCCCAACAAUAGUACCCUCAUCCUGCUCAAGUUGGAAGAUUCGUUUCUUACGGUGCUUGCCAUUAGCAAUGAGGUGAAAGAAUUGAGUAUUAGCGUCCCCUUGAACCACUUUGUGGACCUUGGCUCGCAACGCCCACUUCAACUCUUCCUCACGGAGAAGUUCUUUCAGCCUCUUUUCAGCCUCAUGUUUAACCUGGAUCUCAGCAGGCAGCAGAAUCAUAGAUUCGGCUUUAGUAUCGAGGGCCUGUAUAAGAGAAAGGAGUCUAUCCUUAUCAAUCUUAUACACCCCACUUAGGUGCUUAGCCCACCCCCGUAAGAAGCUUCUUAGAUGUCUUAUUUUAUUCUGCCAACGCUCGACCGCCGUCGUACCCCCGACCCCCUUAGCCCAUUCCCUGGCAACAAGGUCUAAGAACCCUUCACGUUCGAACCAGGCCAUCUCGAAAGAGAAGGUGUUUUUGUUUCCCACAUAGUUGGACUCCCCGGAGUCGACAAACAGUGGUGUGUGAUCUGAAAUUCCCCGCGUUAAAGCUUGUACCGUCACCAGAGGGAACUUCUGUUCCCACUCCACGCUGGCGAGAACUCGGUCAAGCUUUUCAUAAGUCGGGUUUGGCAACGCAUUAGCCCAAGUAAACUUUCUACCAGAAAGUUCAAUCUCCCUCAGGUCCAAACUCUCAAUAAUAGUAUUGAACAUAAAGGACCAUCUCCCGUCAAAGUUAUCAUUAUUCUUCUCCUCUUUCCUCCGAAUGAUAUUGAAAUCACCCCCGACCAACAUUGGAAGCUGUUCGGACCCACAAAUUCGAACAAGAUCCGCCAGAAACUCCGGUUUAAAUUCGGGCUGUGCAGCUCCAUACACCGCCACCAAAGCCCAGUCGAACCCAUCAACUUUUGACCUAACCCGAAACUUAACCGCAAAGUCUCCCAUUACCACACUCCUGACCUCAAGGGAAUCGCAUCUCACUCCCAACAAGAUGCCUCCCGAUCGUCCACGUGGCGGUAGGCAAUGCCAGUCGAAAUCAGCACCACCCGCAAGAGAGGAAAGAAACUGCGGAGAAAAAUUGUCUCUUCCAGUUUCGGAGAGAGCAAUGAAAUCUAAUCUGUGCUCCAAAGAUGCCUCAGCAAGAAACCUUCUUUUAGCCAAGUCCUUGAGACCUCUGCUAUUCCAAAAGAUUCCUUUCAUAAUUCAUCAUGGAAUUUUUUUGCCGUACGAAUCCUAGCGCUUCUACGUACCGCGGAUGCUGGAUACACCUUCCGCUUCCACUUAUGUUUAGAUUUGUCAUUGUCCACCAUCCAGUCCUCAUAACCGGGCAGUGGUGGUUGAAGGACCUCAACCUCUACGUUGGUCUCCUCCUCGUCUGGCUCAUUACAGGAUGGUGCAAGGUCCGCACACAAGGUGUCUAGCACUCUCACUCCCAACGCAUCAAACUCAGCGUCAGUCAUAGGACGCACAGCCGCUAGGUUUCGAAUGGUUUCUAAUGCGCGAUCUGCCUCCAGAUCCAAAAGAUCAUUAACCGAGUUGGAAAUUUCAGCAUUAUUAUUCCCUAGCGAAAUCCCUACUUGAUUUGCAUUAUGAAUAAUCUCAUCCGUAGAAAAAUGCAUAAUGGAAUUAGAUAAAUUGACCGACAUACCGGAAGUGGCCUCGAUACCACGAAGCUUGGCCGCCCUCGUAGCGCACCUCUGCUGCAUGUCGUCAACCUCCGGAUGAUCCAGGAGACGGGAACUCAUCCGCCGCCCCUCGGAGACCGGAUCAGGGAUUCCGCCAAAUGCAACAACCUCCUCCCGAGAGGCACCAGUCGCGAGAGGAAGUGCCGGACGGCUCCCACCUCCGGCGAUCAGGGGGCCAGGGGUAGAAGGUGCCGGGACCACCUGUCCAAGCACUCCUUCCGCCCCGACCCUCAGUGCUGUUGGAGUCGUCAUCCCGCCAGCCGAGGAUGAGGGAUGGCCCGGGAUCACCCUCCCUGGACCCCCUCCAAUCACGGCAGUCGAAACCGCCUCCGUCGAAGCCGAAGGGGAAGAGUGUGGGGCCUCCUGCCCCAGACAUCCUCCCUCAGAGCCGGCUAGCGCCAGCGCAGCAGGCGUUGCCGGGGCCACCUGCCCCAGACAAACACCCACCCGCCCAGCAGAAGAAGCAGCAGCCAGCCGCCCUCCCGACGAGGACUCGUCCCUCUCAGGAACCCUGAUCGAAGCCAUCAAGUGAUGAGGGAUCGAGGUCUCCUGCCUGCGACCCCCCUCCAAGCUCGUAGUCAUUACCUGCAUCUCAGACGUGCCAACAGUAUCCGAGGUAGGCGAGAUCACUAUCUCUGGACCUUCCUCCACUCCAGGAACCUCCACUCUCGGACCCUCAAGGUCCAACGCAGGUAAGGAGUGCUCGAAAACCUCAGAAGACUCCACCCGCUCACUCCAUAGUCUCGGGGGAGUUGGUGGGUACGUACUUACCACAUAUUUUUAGCUCAGUUCACUGAUGUCCAAACAGAUUUGCGGUGACUCAUGACUACAAAUGUUUCUCUCUUUCAUUAUAAAUUAACCUUACAGGCUCCAUAUUUUGCUUCUUCACUGGGUAUCAUCUAUUGUCUGGUCAAACCGGCUACUUAGGCGAUCAUCUCUAGGGAAGUAGUCUCAGCUGACCAGGGAAAGGCACAGGGAUUCAUCGCAACAGUGAAAUCCACAGCUAUACUGAUGGCCCCAUUGUUCAUGAGCCCUCUAACCUCCUACUUCAUUUCGGAAGAAGCACCCUUCAACUGCAAAGGUUUCAGUUUUCUUGUCGCGGGUUUCUUCCUGGCAAUAUCAUUGCCAUUUGCUUGGAUGCUUGAUCCAGAAAGCAAAGACAAACUCAUUGCAGUUGCAGAUCAAGACCAGCUCUAUCAGGAAGCAGUUCAAGCACCACUGUUGGCACAACCAUGAUGAAGUUCUUGAGGAACUGUGCAUCUGAAGAAUGCUUAUUUGCAGCUUCAGCUGAUAACUAGAGCUUCUGCGCACAAAUUAGCUUCAGAUUAUAGUAGUAUUAAAUAUUGAUCUCCCCUGCGUGCCUCUUCCUUAGCCCUAGCUACUUACCCUUUUCGGUUUUCCAAGUAUUUAUUUUCAGGGAGUUUUUGUUUUCAGUCAUACUCGGUUUUCUGGUUGCCGGCUAGCUAUUGUAGCUGGUUUGUACAGUUUUUACUCCGCCUUAGCUUGGACGGAAAUUGGCCAUGCAUGUCACCAUAUGUAUAAUUAUUCAAUCCAAUCAUAGAUAUUUCGUACCAAAUUA